AUUAUCAUCUCUCCUUUUAUAAUACACUAAAUAUCUUGAUCGUUUCCGCUAACAUCAACAAUAAUCAAAACGAAGAUGGACGACGAAAGAAAAGAUUUGAAUUACAUAUAUGUUGGUUGCUAUGAUAGUUCUAUACAAAGAAGGUUUGAGAAUACACGGGCUGAUCGGGUUGAUAAAAUGUCUCCAUUUGUUUGUAUGACGAAUUGCCAACUUAAGCACCGUAGUAAUAUUUUUGGAAUAACGCGAGGUCACAUGUGCAUGUGUGAACCAUUAUACAACAAAUGGAACCAUAAAUACUUCUUCUUUACCUUUGAGCGUUUUAAAGAAAAGGACACUGCAUGUUAUAUAGAUUGUUUUGGUAAUAGAGGUGAAAAGUGUGGUGGUAUUUCGACAUGUUCCAUAUACAGAAUCUUAGCAGACAGGAAUUCAUCAUUAGUGCAAACUUCAAGCCCUACCACAGAAUAUGCGCAAGGGAUAACUACAGCAUGUACAGAUGAUUUAAAUGCAACAUCUUUUCCGAUUCAGGAUGGCAGAACAAAACAACACGGAAUAACAAGUAGUAUACUCGCUGGUGUUUCAGUUGGAGUUGCUUUAUUGGUGAUUUUAUUAAUACUACUCGUGUUAACGUUGAUUAGAAAAAGGUCAAAGACAAAUGUAUCAAGAACUUUGCAAUCUAGUUACACUACAGAUGAGUCAGUGCGAUAUGAUAAUGUUCCACAGUCUAUACAGGGGUCCAACAGUCCGUAUGCAACACUUAUUGUUCAGAAUGAUUGUUCGACCUAUGAUGAUUUAAUGCCUAGAGAAGUAACAUAUGCAAAUACUGAAACGGUGGCUACAAACACAGACUUCAAGUCACAAAAGAAAAAAAGACGAAAAAGAUGAUUUGCAUUUUUGAGAUACUUACGUUCAAACAGUAAUAGGCAGAUAUGUCCUUCUCAAGGAAUUAAAUUUUAACAUUUCCAACUUUUCUAUUACAUAUUUUGUUUUUUGAAUUCUUUAUAUUGUUUUUUUUAGGCAAUUUAUCUAAUAAAUUGUUAUGUAAUA